UAUAUAUAUAUGUAUGUUGAAUAUACAAUGGAUAUAUGUAUAAAACACCCGAUUCUGUAAUCUGAAAUUCAACAUAUAUUUGCCAUUUUGUCAAAUCAGAAACUCCGCGCGAGUGCUGCUGGAAAAACGCCUUUGAUAGAGUAGAAAUAUCAAUAUUAUAACUCUUAAAAAAAUUUUUUUUGACUAAAUAUAAACCUAUAAAAAUAAAACCCUAGUCUUGUAGAAUUAUCAUAGAUAAGGUACGUGUUUUUUUUUUUCAGACUAAAUUUAAAAAAAGAAGAAAAAAACUGAAAGAAACAAGCCGAAAAAUACAUGUAAUUAACGUUAAAUAUAAAAUAAAAAGAUACCAUUACAUAUAUAUUAACCGUUAUACGUUAUAAACAUCAAGUCAGACACACAGACUUAAUUGUUAGCUCUGAAAAAGAGCGAGAGGUGACGAUAAGAUGAGAUGAGACGCGCAGCAUGUUAGCGAGAGCAGGAGCGAGCAUAGUGCAAAGCAAUAUGGCGCCCUCACGUGAUACAGACAGAGAGAGACGACAACGGCAACAAGUCGAGGGUACAGUCGCCACCUGGGGAUCAGACCCGACCGGGACCUACCACAAAUCAACGAGACGAGCUUAUUUUGUAAGAUAAAACUAUCAAAACAAAACAACUAUUGUAGCAUGAACAAGUGUUAAGAUAAUAACAUAGCAGCAUUGUCAGCGUGUGAAGAAGGCUGCUUUUGUCGAAUAGUUAAAUUUGUAUUAAAUAUACACAUUUAAUGUAGUCCGUAAGCAACCGAGGGACGGAGUAGCUCAGCGCCGUCGUAUAAGAAGAAAAAAAGCCCUUUACGUUUAGAUUAAUGACAACGAUUUAUCCCAAGAGCACAGAAAACCAAAUGAGAGAUUUAUUUGUAAGAGAACCUUUUUAUAAGUGUAACAGAAUUUAAUAUAUGAUAUACUAUAUGCAAUGUAACUGAACAAAAGUAUCUUAAAAGUGCACAGAACCAGAAAAUUAGGCAAAGGAAAUCUAAAGGGAGGUUGUAAUAUACGAAGGAUAGGCAUGAGGGAGUUGGAUGAUAGGGAAUAGGCAACGAGACUGGUUUUUUUUUUAAUUCUAGGACAUGGACAGCAACACCCCAGAGACCAGUGGAGUAUAUGAUCACGGAUUCCAUACAAACAACAUAAGCCAAAUACAAAAGUACAAGCCACAGCCAGUAGCUGUGAAAGUCAUGAAACGGAGUCGUGCCAACGAGUAUCAAAGUGUCCUGGUGCCAAAGUGCGCCGCUGUGAGCAGAGGUCCUGCCAAUUCAACGUGAGCGAGCGCCUACAACCGGACGAACAAAGAUGUAUACUGUGGCUUUCUAAAUACACACAAAUAUUAUGAAACUUGAAGACUUUUAGUGCACUUGAGGCAAGAGCGAGAAGGAGCGAUUCGAAAACAGCUGCUGGAACAGCACCACUGUGUUGGAAAACACACCGUGUAUUCCAAUGUCAAUUAAACGAGAGGAAAAGCCCCACAAAAAACUUUAACCAAUAGUUAAUCUGUCGCUACAAUACACAAUUGGCGACUACGAAGCUGCCCCACGGCAUCGAAUUUCACCCAAGAGGAUUGGAAACUGAGAGUUAUCAGAAAUAUAUAGAAUAAACAAUCACCGCAAGACAGUGACCAACGACAGCGCCACAGAGGGGAUAGCGGACUACGCAAUAAACGAGAUAACGACCUUCCACCGCUCGUCGCUCCCCUCUUCCUGCUCACGUUCUACCCUCCCUCGGACAGUGCUUGCCACUUGCUGCUACUGCAGCGACAGCUUAGUGCGUCUCCGUCUAGUGGCUUGGUAACUCAAUUCGAGUGGCCGCCGCAGUGACGCGACAGCGAAAUGCCCCAGACGAGGGCUGCGGCCGCUGAGGCAGCGGCGGCGGGCACCGUCAAUGGCCAGCCGCUAGUGAAAAUCGGCCAUUAUCUGUUGGGCGCCACGCUCGGUACGGGCACCUUUGGCAAGGUAAAGAUCGGUGAGCAUCAGAUUACGCGCGUCAAGGUCGCCGUCAAGAUUCUUAACAGGCAGAAGAUCAAGAGCCUAGAUGUGGUGGGUAAGAUUCGGCGAGAGAUCCAGAAUCUGAAGCUCUUCCGGCAUCCGCACAUCAUUAAGCUUUAUCAGGUGAUCUCCACCCCAUCGGACAUCUUCAUGAUCAUGGAGUACGUGAGCGGCGGCGAACUGUUCGACUACAUCGUGAAACACGGCAAGCUGCAGGAGCAUCAGGCGCGCCGCUUCUUCCAGCAGAUCAUCUCGGGCGUGGAUUACUGUCAUCGGCACAUGAUUGUGCACCGCGACCUGAAGCCGGAGAACCUCCUGCUCGACCACAACAUGCACGUGAAGAUCGCUGACUUUGGGCUAUCGAACAUGAUGCUGGACGGAGAGUUCCUGCGCACCUCGUGCGGCUCUCCCAACUAUGCGGCGCCCGAGGUCAUUUCGGGCAAGUUGUAUGCCGGUCCCGAGGUGGACAUCUGGUCGUGCGGCGUCAUUCUUUACGCCCUGCUCUGCGGCACGCUGCCCUUCGACGACGAGCACGUGCCGACGCUCUUCCGAAAGAUCAAAUCGGGCAUCUUCCCCAUACCGGAGUACCUCAACAAGCAGGUGGUCAAUCUGGUGUGCCAGAUGCUGCAGGUGGAUCCCCUCAAGCGGGCUAACAUCGAGGAGAUCAAGAAGCACGAGUGGUUCCAAAAGGAGCUGCCCGCCUACCUCUUCCCCUCGUCGAUUGAGCAAGACUCGAAUGUCAUUGACACCUAUGCCGUGGCCGAGGUCUGCACCAAGUUCGGGGUCAAGGAGCUCGAGGUGCACAACUCGCUGCUCAGCGGCGAUCCACACGACCAGCUGGCCAUCGCGUACCACCUGAUCAUCGACAACAAGCGCUUCGCUGACGACGCCGCCAACCAGAUCAACGAGAUCAAUAACUUCUUUGUGGCCGGGUCCCCGCCGCCGCCGCCAAUCGCCACCCAUGCAUCGCACGAGACCCCAGGACAAGCCUCCGGCCAGACGCCUCUGGCCACGGUAACUGUGGGCGGCGGAACGGCCGCCAGUUCGGGCAGCGCCACGCCUGUGCCACCCGGAGUGGCGCCGCCGAGCAGCAGCGUUCUGGCCGCCAUACGACCGCAUCCGGAGAGAAUCGCACCGAUGCGCGACCGCCAGCUGGCCAUGUCCGUGCAGAACUCGGGCGGCGCUGCCUUCCCCGAGAAGACGGCACGCGGCGGUACACCCAUCAAGCGGGCCAAGUGGCAUUUGGGCAUACGAUCGCAGAGCAAGCCCAACGACAUAAUGCUGGAGGUGUACCGGGCCAUGAAGGCGCUCAACUACGAGUGGAAGAUCAUCAAUCCGUACCAUGUCCGUGUGAGGCGGCAGAACGUGAAGACGGGCAAGUUCUCGAAGAUGUCGCUGCAGCUGUACCAAGUGGACGCCAAGAGCUAUCUGCUCGACUUCAAGUCCCUCACCAAUGAAGAGGUGGAGCAAGGGGACGACGUCAUCAUGGAGAGUCUCACACCGCCACCGCUUAGCGUGACCGGGUUGAUGCCGCUCCAGCCGACCGGCCACCAUACCAUGGAAUUCUUCGAGAUGUGCGCGGCGCUCAUUAUACAGCUGGCGCGCUGAGCCCCCGGAUCCACAUCGGUCCAUAGUCUACCCCCAAAUGACAACAGUAAAUGGCAUCUCCGCCGCGGGGCAGGGCUCUCCUCUCCCGGUGGCAUGACCAUAACUAAGAUUUAAACUAAAAGAACAGAAGAAUGUUUCGUAAUUGGAUGAUGCCAUUCAGGUCAUCCGACAAUCCGCUACCCGCUACCGUUAGCCGCGUAUCCGCUUGACCGCUUUGCUUUAACCGAAUCGACCCUAGUUUGUAGAUCUGUUCUGUUUCUAUUUUAUACACGUUGAGUUAUUAUUUUACACCCCUAAUUGUAUAUUGUAUCGUAUCGUAUGUUUCCGUAUACUCGUACUUCGUCUUCGUAUUUAUCCCCAAACGAAUCCGCGUCGCAUCGCACGGGAGUGCGCCAGAUGUCAGUUAUUAGUUUGUAGUCCACUACUCCGGAGGAGGCGGUUUAAUGUGUUUUGGGACAGGCCAGUUCAGUUCCAUAAACUAUGUAUUCGUAUAAACAAAAGCCUUAAUAAAGCAACCAAAUAAACCAUUCUA